UGGCCAGGAGCAGAGACGCCUUCAUGCAACGGCUAUGCACUAAUGCUUGAGGGAACGGAUGGCGACUAUUUCAAGUCUUUCUUAGACAAAACUGAGAGGGUACCGUUGUAUGUAGAUGACAUUUGCAGAACGACACAAUUCGAAUUUGAAAAAGAAGUAACAGUGAAAGGCAUAAACGGAUAUCGUUACGUAUUGCCUCCUGACCAGUUCGAUUAUUCAAUUAACGACAAUUGCGGUUUUUGUAAUCCAAGCACAAUGAGUAAGCAUGGAGCAUACGAUCGACCGGUGAACAGUACUUGUCUGCCGAGUGGUUUGCUAGAUAUCAGUGGAUGUCAAGGAGUAUUGGCAAUCCUCUAUGAUUUAGUUCCAAUAAUCAUCUCGAAGCCACACUUUUACCAGGCAUCUGAUAUCGUACAGUCAUUUGUCCCACGUUUCAAACCUACUUAUGAUGAUGAGACUACGCUUGACAUAGAACCGAUGACUGGAACAGUGCUUUCCGCGAUGAAGCGACUACAAAUUAAUCUGCUUGUAAAUCAGUUCCCUUCAAUCGCAUCGUAUAGCGUCAUACGACCCGGCGCAUAUCCUUUGGUGUGGCUGAAUGAAUCAUUCUUAAUGGACGAUGGGACGAGGGAUGACUUGCGGUCUUCCCUAUUCACACCGCAAAAAACCGUUAAUAUUAUAUGUUGGUGCGCUGUUGGUGUAGGAGGUAGGAAAAUUAGAUCUAAUCUUAUUUUAUCACACAAAGGAUACUGCCAAGUAGUUUCCAUACAUGUGCUGUGA